AUGUCGCAGCAGUUCGUUGUUGUUACUGAAAAGAUUACGAAGAAUGAUAAAAGCACUGAAGUUUGGAGUGCCAUCAAAUGCUCCGAACCAGCCUUUACUGACAUUUUUAACGUGCCUUACCCAACAAAUGCAACACCAGGUCAAGUUAUCGCCAAAGUCGAUGUCGAGGGAACUUCACUAACUGUAUCAUGGGCUUCCGAAACCUUGUAUGACCAAGCUUCGAAUUCUUUCUUGUCUUUGUAUCAACCAAUGACACCCGGCACAUGGACUCUCUUUCAAUUACUGUCGAAGAAAGGAUUCCGAUUGUUGCAACAAAGAAAUUACUGGACCGUGCAGGGAGGUACAUUCCAAGGUCGAGAAUUGGCCGAAAGAAUUUUCGUUCGGGAUGCCAAUAAAUCGAUGCAUUCUUGA